AUGUAUAAUACUGGAGAAGCUGAUGAUCUUCAAGCAUUUUUUCAAGAUUUUCAAAUCACCGCUUGUUUGGGAAUGUUAAAAUGGUUAUCGGAUACAUUUUUCGACAGAGGGAUAAAAGGAGUGCAAGCGAAAAAGGGAAAAGUUCCAUUAAAAGCUUUCGAAUUUGCCAUAAAACAAUGUGAAAAAUAUAUGAGAUUUAAAGAAAAUGAAGAUUUGAGCGUGAUGGACGAACCGAAAGUUUUACAAGAAGAAUGGAAUACAUUUUUACAAUGGUUUUACACCAUAGCUAACGAUCAUGGAAAACUUCAAGAAGGCUCCAGCGCGCAAUUGAUGGUGGUUUAUACGAAAGCAGUAGAAACUCUUAGGAUAAUGAAAAAACAUUGGCCUGAAAUAGACAUAGAUGGUAGACUUAAUAUUUGGAUAAUGAAACCAUAUUGUGCCAGUUGCGGAAGAGGAAUUUUCAUGACGAAUAACGUUUAUUAUAUAGGACAACAUUCGAAAUACAUCGUACAAAAAUAUAUAGAAAAACCUCUUCUUAUUUAUAAUACAAAAUUUGACAUUCGUCAAUGGUUUAUGAUAACAAAAUUAACUCCAUUAGAAAUUUGGAUGUACAAAGAAUGUUAUUUGAGAUUUUGUUCGCAACCUUUUGCUCUUCGUAAUUUACACGAAUCCGUACAUUUAUCAAAUAAUUCAGUACAAAGGAAAUACGUUAAUCGUUUUGACACGGCGUUCACCGAUCAAAACAUGUGGGAUUCAAACACGUUUCAAAUUUAUCUUUCAACUUUGGGACAUCCGAACGCGUGGAAAGAAAUUAUAUAUCCGGGUAUGAGAGAUGCCAUCGUUAGCAUCAUGUUAUCAGCACAAGAUACUUUCGAUGGACCAAGAAGGAAUUGGUUUGAAGUUUACGGUGCUGAUUUUAUGUUAAGUUCAAAUAUAAAAGAUGGACCCUGGUUAAUUGAAAUCAAUGAAAAUCCAGCCAUGGAUCCGAGUACGAAAGUAACGGCAAGACUUUGUCCACAAAUGUUACGCGAUGUCAUAAAAGUGGUCGUUGAUAAAAGAUCCGAUAGAUUUGCGAGUACCGGUCAAUGGGAACUCGUUUACCGACAAAAUUAUUCACCUUCUUUCAUGAGUGUCGAUCUUGACGUGAAAGGGAAAAGAAUAGCAAAAAUAUCUACAAACGUUAAAUUGUUAAAUCAUUGGGCGAUACAAAUUCGAGAAAUUCAAGCAGAGGAAAAAUAA